AUGCAAAUUUUCGUUAAAACUCUUACCGGAAAGACGAUCACUCUUGAAGUUGAGUCGUCGGAUACAAUUGAUCAAGUUAAACAGAAGAUUCAGGAUAAGGAAGGAAUCCCCCCAGACCAGCAACGUUUGAUUUUCGCUGGUAAACAAUUAGAGGACGGUCGUACUUUAUCUGAUUACAAUAUCCAGAAGGAAUCCACCCUCCAUUUAGUUCUUCGUCUUCGCGGUGGUAUGCAAAUCUUUGUAAAGACUCUUACCGGUAAAACUAUUACCCUUGAAGUUGAGUCAUCCGAUACCAUCGACCAAGUGAAGCAGAAAAUUCAAGAUAAAGAAGGAAUUCCUCCGGACCAGCAACUAGAAUCAUCCGAUACUAUCGAUCAAGUAAAACAAAAGAUUCAAGAUAAAGAAGGAAUUCCUCCGGACCAGCAACUAGAAUCAUCCGAUACCAUCGAUCAAGUAAAACAAAAGAUUCAGGACAAAGAAGGAAUUCCCCCAGAUCAGCAACGCUUGAUCUUCGCCGGUAAACAGUUAGAAGAUGGUCGUACCCUCUCAGACUAUAACAUCCAAAAGGAAUCCACCCUUCACUUAGUGCUUCGACUUCGUGGUGGUAUGCAGAUCUUUGUCAAAACCCUUACGGGUAAAACCAUUACUUUAGAAGUCGAAUCUUCUGACACCAUCGAUCAGGUUAAACAAAAAAUACAAGAUAAGGAAGGAAUUCCUCCAGAUCAGCAACGCUUUCUUGUUCGCUAA